AUGUUCAUAGCGCCAGCAGUGUCGCUAAUAGCAGCAGAGACCUCUAGGGAGGUGCUGUCAAAUGCCAUCGGCUACAUAUCCCUGGCAAGCUGGAUGGUUGUGAUGCUGCCCCAGAUCCGGCUCAACUACAGGCGCAGGAGCGGCGAAGGAGUCAGCCUGUUGAUGAUGAUGGCCUGGGUGUUCGGCGACAUUUUCAACAUCGCCGGCGCCCUUUUGCAGGGGCUGGUUCUGUCUACCAUACUCAUUGGCUCAUACUUUCUGUGUGUCGACCUUACGAUGCUUAGCCAGACAAUCUACUACCGCAUAGUGUACAAGACCCACUUGGUCGCUAAAGAGCAGAGCCGUGAAGAGGAGGAGCAGCUGCUGGGCGCCGGUGCGCAGGGUGAUAAUCGCGAGUAUUCUGGCAGACAGACUGACGAAGCGGCCGGAUUGGGUGGCUCGCGGCAAGCAUUGGCCGACGAAAUUAUGCCGCGAGGAGUGUGGUACUCGAGGAUACAGCUGAGCGACGUAUUGGCUGUCGUCCUAAGCAGAAGCAUCAUUAGCAAUAGCGAGAAGUCGGCGGCCCAGACCGUGGCGCAGGCCAUGGGGAUGUUGUCAGCCAUCGUGUACAUUGCGUCGUAUGUGCCGCAGGUAGUACAGAACUACAGGCGCAAGAGUUGCGAGGGCCUGUCGAUGUGGCUGUUCUUGCUGUCGCUCCUGGGCAACACCACGUAUGCGCUGGCCAUCAUGGUCGUGUCCCUGGACCCGCAGUACCUAGCUCCCUAUGUGCCGUGGCUGCUCGGAUCUCUGAUCCCCUGCGCUAUCCAGGUAGUCAUACUGUACCAAUUCCAGAUUUACAAGCACUGA